UCUGGCCAAAAUAAUAGAUCCAAAUGACCUACGACAUGACAUUGAAAGAAGGAGAAAAGAACGGUUACAGAAUGAAGAUGAGCACAUUUUUCACAUAGCUAGUGCUGCAGAGAGGAAUGAUCAGUGUUCCAGUUUUUCAAAGGUGAAGAAUAUUCAUGCUGAUGGAUUCCAAAAACCUCCACAUUUUAUAAAAUCAAAUUUUAGAAAAUUUAUUCAAAAACCUUACAUAAAUUAUACUAUGCAAAGAAAAGAUAUCAUUAUUCUGAAACAAUUUGAACUUGAGGAAAACCAUCAAAAUACAAGAGACUUUAAAGGACCUUUUAAGAGCAACUUUAGAAGUGGCAGAUUCCAACCCCAUUGUAAAUCAGACCUGGUACAGAAAAGCUUGUACAUUCAAGCUAAAUAUCAGCGUUUACGGUUUGCUGGUCCAAAGGGAUUUAUCACUAAUAAAUUCAGAGACAGAUUACAGAGGAAAAAAAAGGAAUAUGUAAAUGUUGCCACAGAAACCUAGUCUGGAAUUGUUGCAAAUGAAAACGACACUACAAGAGGAUAGUUGAGAGCAUCUCUUUUUGUCAGGAGUUAGAAUUGUCACUAAGGCACUAAUACUGUAACUUUAAAUAACUUUAUUUUUCAGUAGUAGAAUGCUGCAACUUUUU